AUGUCCGCCACAAAGACCAAGGUGCAAUCCAUCAUCGACGAGAAUCCAGUUGCCGUCUUCUCAAAGUCGUAUUGCCCCUACUGCCGCCAGGCGAAGCAGCUUCUGAGCGACAAGGGCGCCAAGUUCUACGCCAUCGAGCUGGACCAAGUUGAUGACGGCUCAGCCAUCCAGUCCGCUCUCGCCGAGCUGACCGGCCAGUCCACCGUGCCCAACAUCUUCAUUGCGCAGAAGCACAUUGGCGGCAACUCGGACCUGCAAGCCAAGAAGGGCGAGCUGCCCAACCUUCUCAAGGACGCUGGAGCCGUCUGA